AAAGAGGUUCCCCUUUUUUCUUCCGCUUGAAGUUCCCUUUCUUGUCGCGCGAUUAUUCAUAACCAGGAAAUCAAAUUAUUUCCAGAACAAGCCGGAAUUAACGAGGUUACGUCCUAAUAAUCAUUUAAUUUGCACUACCUAAUUAAGGCAAUGUCUAAUAGGCUAUUUAUGACCUGAAAGGUGCAAUUCGCGACCCGUUUGAGUGGGGGGGGAAAUUCUGCACAUUCAUAUCAAUUUCGAAAGCUAUCGGGUUAACUCUCAGUUCCGUAACGAAAUCGGCUAUCAUGGAGUUAAUGAAAUGUUUUCUUGCGUUUGUGUUCUCAAGCUGCAUGAUCCGCACAGUGGUUGAGAGUCAGUCUGUCAGUGUUGACCCACAGGUUACUGCCUACUUAGGGGGUGAAGUCACACUGCGUUGCCAGUUCAUUCAGGGAGGCUCAGCUGCUAAGGCCACACAGGUCGAUUGGAGGAAGGAAUCAUUUUCCGAACCUUUAGCCGUUUUCCAUUCUGAAUUUGGUAAGAAUUACUCCAAAUCUUCGGGUGGACGAGUCCGUUUCACCAGCAGCUCUGUGGAUGAUGCUUCCAUCAGCAUCAUUAAUAUUAAUGAGACAGAUGCGGGAAAGUACACCUGUAGAUACGCCACUUUCCCUGAGGGAAGCAAGGAAGCCACCACCACACUCACUGUGAGGGUCAAACCCUGGGAGCACUCAACAGCAGUGGCGUCUGGGAUUGUAACUGCCCUGCUGCUCAUAGUCCUCAUAGCAGCAGCACUGUGCUUCAUCAUGAUGAAGAGGAGGCAGAGAAACCUCACUGCCGUGCAUGGCUUCCCCAGAUGCGACGCUGCGCCCCAGAGCCGCAGCAGCAGAAGCAGCAGCAGCAGCAGCAGCAGGCCGGCAACUCGGGUCACUGGGAGAGAAGAGGAGAACGUAACCUACGCAGACAUGCGUGGGUUUCGGCCUGCCCAGGGCGACUCUGCGAUCCGGACGUCCAGGGAAGGAACGGAGUACGCUGAAGUGAAGCGCAGCGUGGAGGGGUGCAGAGAAGUCACCUACGCCCAGGUGAACAAGAGAUGAUGGAGCCGAACGGAGACUCUUCGCCUGAUGUCUGCGGGUGCAAUGAGCCAGCGGGGGUGAGAUGGCCCUGGACUCACGCCAUGGAGGGGGGGAGGCGGGGGGGGGCACUGUUAACCUGACUUUGCCUGAGCUCGAGAAUCAAGUAGAACGUCAAAUUUCGGAAACUAUAUGUGUGAAAGAACUUAUGUGACGUCAGAGCAGCUUGUAUCAUACUGUAAGGAAAUGAUGCACUUUAGCGUUUGCUAUGAAAAAAAAGUGUAACUGUCAUUGUGCAAAGCAGAAACUACCUGUUGGAAGGGCUACCUGUAGUGUCCAGCAUUUACAUUUGACUGCAGGGAGACAUGGGCAGUGUGCAGGUACAAGGUACAGGUACUAUGACGAAAAGCUUGAUCGCCCUCUUUCAGUUAUUUCAAUGCUAAGGGUACAUACUGGAUUUCAGACUUUUAGUGGGAAGAAUGACUGAAAACCAGUAUGUACCCUUUAAUUAAAGACAAGCUGAACAGAAUGGCUCCAAAUACACAAGAAAACUGCUAUUUCUGCUUAAUAAAGUGUUUGCCAUUCAACAAUCUCA